UGUAGGUGUAACUCUUCCGGAAGCCACGGAAGCUUCGACGACUUCCGAUACGGAUUGGAUCGGAUGAAAACAUUUACUUUACUUUUUUGAGCUAGUGUCGUCCUCCGACGUCGUUUUUCAGCAACUACGCACUCAGCAUGGCUGCUAUCAAGCAGAAAUAUUCGAUGCUGUUAAUGUAAAUAUUGCUAUCACCUGUCAGCGAAAGGCAACAUCUCGUCUGGCAUUUGCACGAUGCUUCAGGCAGUGAAAAACCCGCUCACUCUAGUGAAACCUUUGAAAUCAUGGAGAGCGUCGUCUGCAAGGAAUAUCUACGUAAGUCAAAUACAGUGCGAAGAGAAAACUGAACAGAAAGAGGUGAAAAAACAGGAGCCCGAAAUUAAAUUUCAUAACGAAGCGUGGGUUAAAGCAGCAACGAAGCAACUGAAGGGUAAACAUCCGGAGACUUUAAAAUGGCUCACAACCGAAGGAAUCACGUUGAAGCCACUUUACACCAAAGCAGACGUGGAAGGUCUGCCCGAAGACUUUCCCGGAUUGUUUCCCUUCACGAGGGGACCUUAUCCGACCAUGUACGCCGGUAGACCGUGGACUAUUCGCCAGUACGCAGGUUUUAGCACAGUCGAAGAAAGUAACAAGUUUUACAAAGACAACAUUAAGGCAGGUGUACAGGGGCUCUCUGUCGCUUUUGAUCUAGCUACACACUGUGGUUACGAUUCGGAUAAUCCAAGAGUGAAAGGCGAUGUUGGCAUGGCUGGUGUCGCGGUGGACUCCGUCGAAGACAUGAAGGCACUGUUUGAUGGAAUUCCAUUGGAGAAGAUAUCUGUAUCUAUGACGAUGAAUGGAGCUGUGAUCCCAGUUCUUGCAAUGUUCAUCGUGGCCGGAGAAGAACAGGGCGUCAAAGUUGAACAGCUGUCUGGAACAAUUCAGAACGACAUUCUAAAAGAGUUCAUGGUUAGGAACACCUACAUCUAUCCUCCCGAACCUUCUAUGAAGAUCAUUGGCGACAUCUUCUCAUUUGUGUCCAAGAACAUGCCAAAAUAUAACUCUAUUUCAAUAUCCGGUUACCAUAUACAAGAAGCUGGUGCAAACAACGUGCUUGAACUGGCAUUCACCAUCGCGGAUGGCAUCGAGUACUGCAGGACGGGCCUCAAAGCCGGAAUGACCAUCGAUGACUUUGCGCCGCGACUGUCGUUCUUCUGGGGUAUAGGUAUGAAUUUUUACAUGGAAAUUGCCAAGAUGCGUGCGGCUCGGAGAUUGUGGGCGCACCUCAUCAAAGAAAUGUUUCAGCCCAAGAACGAAAAUUCGCUCAAACUCCGAACGCACUCCCAGACGUCGGGCUGGUCGCUUACGGAACAGGAUCCGUACAACAAUAUCGUGCGAACAACGAUAGAAGCAAUGGCGUCCGUCUUUGGUGGGACACAGUCGUUGCACACAAACGCUUUUGACGAAGCUCUGGCCCUGCCGUCGAGGUUUAGCGCGAGGAUCGCCCGAAACACUCAAAUCAUCCUUCAAGAAGAGAGCGGUAUUCCACACGUCAUCGAUCCGUGGGCCGGGUCGUACAUGAUGGAGAGUUUGACCGCGGAAGUUUACAAGGACGCACUGAAGAUAGUCCGCGAGGUCGAAGAGAUGGGAGGAAUGGCAAAAGCCGUCUCAACGGGGAUGCCAAAGCUGAGGAUCGAAGAGUGCGCCGCAAAGAAGCAGGCGCUGAUAGACAGCGGAAAGGAAGUCAUCGUCGGAGUGAACAAGUACCGGCUCGAAAAGGAAGAUCCGAUAGAGGUCCUCGCAAUCGACAACACCAACGUCCGCACCCAACAGAUUGCUAAAAUAGAGAACAUCAAAAACACGAGGGACAACGAGAAAGCGCUAGCAGCUCUGGAUGCCAUAACAGAAGCAGCACGAACGGGCGAAGGCAACCUCCUCGGACUAGCCGUAGAGGCUGCGAGGCUGAGAGCGACCGUCGGAGAAAUUUCCUACGCCAUGGAGAAGAUCUUUGGGCGACACGUAGCGUCGGACAGGAUGGUUUCGGGAGCCUACAAGUCAACUUUUGGGGAGGACGACGCAGAAAUCACUGCCGUCAUGGCAAAGGUCGACGCUUUUCAGGAGAGGGAAGGUCGAAGACCUCGUAUUCUGGUUGCCAAGAUGGGGCAAGACGGACACGAUCGCGGAGCCAAGAUCGUAGCCACUGGAUUUGCAGAUAUGGGAUUUGAUGUUGAUAUUGGACCAUUAUUUCAGACGCCGGACGAAGUGGCUCAACAGGCAAUCGACGCUGAUGUGCAUUUAGUCGGUGUCAGCAGUUUGGCUGCCGGACACAAGACGCUGGUUCCGGAAUUGGCGGCCUCGCUCAAGAAGUUGAACCGUUCCGACAUUUUAAUUGUCGUGGGCGGAGUGAUCCCUCCGCAGGACUACGAUUUUCUUUACAAAGCAGGUGCCGCCGCCAUUUUCGGCCCUGGUACAAGAAUUCCAACUUGUGCCGAUAUGGUGCUCGAGUUGCUGUCAAAGAAGCCCGAAUCUAUCAAGCAAGAAGAGAAGCAACAGGAAAAACAAAAGGCAUGAAGUGGUUACUGGACAGUGAGUGCUAUGACCUCAGUGAUUGUGUGCAAGACACUGUGGACUGGUUUAUUUUUUCGUUUGUAAAUAAUUGUAACCAGACAAAUAAAAGAAUGGUGUUUCUCUCC